AUGUCCGGCUCCGACUCUGCAGCGCUCGUACUCGCUCGCUCGACGGCUUGCGUCGGACUCGGCCUGUGCGCCGGCCUCACCUGGAGCGUGCCUGCAUGGACUUGGCCCGCGCUGUACCGCCCCGACUCGACCCUCGCACCCGCACAGCGUCUCGCCAUCUGGUCAAAGCUCUACUUGCAGGGCAAGUCCACCAUGAUCGCCCUCGUUCCCACGACGAGCGCGCUCCUCGUGUACGCGGCUUGGGCGGUGCACCCGCCGCAGGUCUACCUCCCCGCCGGCUGGGUGGCUCGGCACCGCAAGGGCGUCCUCGGCGCGGCGGCGACCACGACGUUGGCCAUCUUUGCGUGGACGGUCGUCGCCAUGGAGGGCCUCAACGGGUCGCUCAAGGCGCUCGAGCGGGACAGCACUGCCGGUCGCACCCCCGUCCUUCCCUCGCACGACGCGCUCAUCCGCACGCGCUGGGCAAAGCUCCACCUCGUGCGCUGCGUCCUCGCGACGACGGCGUUCGUCGCGAGCGUCACCGAGCUUGCGCUUGCGUGAGACGGGGUCAAGGGGAGGGACAGAGCUAUGGCUGAGCGGGCGAGGGCGAGAUGCGGCGAGCUUUGAGGGACAAGGAGAGGGGCGAGGAGGAGCUCAGCACGAGGCGAGGUUGUACAACUCUCGGGCCUACAAGCGCUAGAUUUCCCUGUGUCGCUCGUC